AUAAAGGCUAAAGGUGAAAGGACUGGAAGACACCCGAACGAGCAGUUGAGCAUGCAGCUGCCAUCUUUCCGACAGCGUCAAAGCUCAGCAGCAUUCAGACCGGGCGGACUGGUCUGCUCUGCUGCGCCUCCUGAAUAAUGAAUGAGUGACGCGCACAUUGCGGCUCUCUCUGCGGCUGUGAGGGAGGCGGGUCGCGCAUGCAUUAUGCAAAAAGGCGACCGACUCGACCGAAAGCUCCUCCUCUCUCGCUCCAAACAGGCUUUAUGAAGUUAUAGGACACAGUGCCUCUCUUAUUGUUCUUGGUCAGGCCUGGGAAUACGAGAGCUGCGCUGUUUUGACGCAAUUAAAUGGGUGAUUACGGGUUCGGCUUGUUGCAGACAGCGAACAUCAUCAGCAGCAGCAGCAGCUCCGCACUGUUCGGCGGAGGCGCGUUCACACCCUACUCCAGCCCGUCUCCGGUGUGCCCCAGCAGCUCGCCUCCGGUGUGCCCUCUUUUCCCGUCACAUCCGCGCAACAUGCAGGAUGAGCCUGCGGGGUUGACAGCUUCUCAGUCCAGCGAGCAGAGCAGCGCCUCCGACAACGACCUGAGCCGUUUCUCCGCUGUAGGUCACGCACAGACAGCCGGUGACCUUCAGCACGACCGGAACAUACAUCAGCAGGCUGAGCCGCCGCAGCAGCAGCCGUACUCCUCCUCCACGGGCCUGGACACCGAUGCGCCAUCGUCCAAGGUGAAGACCCAGAUGGAGUCACCCAGCGCCCACCACAUCAACAACUGCACCGGCGGCAGUAACAUGCUCUCGGCCGCUUUCCCGGAGAUGCAGAACCCCGGGGGCGGUGGCGGCGGCGGCUCUGCUUCCCCCACCCUGCCCGCCUUCGGAACACCGUGGUCCGUGCAGACGAGCUCACCGCCUCCGCACGUCUCCAAUUCCGCUAACGCAAUAAACCAGAUCCCCACCACCGAGCCUGACAACUACUUCCCGGGCAUCCCCUCCUCAAUCAACCCCGGCUUCUUCCAGAGCUUCUCGGCCAACCGGUGCCCAGUGCAGGGCUUCAGCAGCCCCUUUCCCCCCCAGAUCAACGUCCCCCCGCAGGCACUGCAGAGCCGCCGGUCCCCGGUCAGCCCGCAGAUUCCCCCGCAGCAGGGCGCCUUUCUGCAGCAGAGGAACAACUACAACCACCACCACCAGCCCAUGAUGAAGCAGUCGCCGUGGGGCAGCCAUCAGGGCAGCGGCUGGACCUCUGGAGGGGUGUCCUGGGGCAGAGACCAUCGGCGCGGGGGCGGCAUGGGUGUGCCCGGCUCAGUCAACCAGAUUUCUCCCAUGAAGAAACCCUUCUCCAGCAACGUCAUCGCCCCGCCCAAGUUUCCCCGCUCCGCCGGCUCUCUGGGACCUAAAUCCUGGAUCGAAGAAAACAUGUACCGUACCGACAACAACAGCAACACGCUGCUGCCGCUGCAGGAUCGGUCCAGGAUGUAUGACAGCUUGAACAUGCACUCGUUGGAGAGCUCCCUGAUCGACAUCAUGAGGGCGGAGCAGGACCCUCUGAAGGGCCGUGUGGGAUGCCCCCACCCAGGCGCUGACAGCCUACUCAUGCUCAAUGGUAAUUAUGACAGUGAGCUACAGUUUAUUUUUUCUUUUCUUCUGAUCUGCAACAGUUCCUGCUUCUCUCUAUCUGACUCUCACGAUCUCAUCUUUCCCACAGAUGAAAUCACAAGCAGUUUUCGGCGCUUUGGUCAUCUGUUUGUUGAUUGGCCACACAAAGCAGAGAGCAAGUCUUACUUCCCCCCUAAAGGUUACGCCUUCCUCCUGUUCCAAGAAGAGAGCUCAGUUCAGGCGCUGAUCGAAGCCUGUCUGGAGGAGGAUGGGAAACUCUACCUGUGUGUGUCCAGCCCCACCAUCAAAGACAAGCCCGUCCAGAUUCGUCCUUGGAACCUGAGUGACAGUGAUUUUGUGAUGGAUGGAUCUCAGCCGCUGGACCCUCGUAAGACCAUCUUUGUUGGAGGAGUGCCACGUCCACUCAGAGCUGUGGAGCUGGCCAUGAUCAUGGACCGCUUGUAUGGUGGAGUGUGUUACGCGGGUAUUGACACUGAUCCAGAGCUGAAGUACCCAAAGGGGGCGGGGCGUGUGGCCUUCUCCAAUCAGCAGAGCUACAUUGCUGCCAUCAGCGCCCGAUUCGUCCAGCUGCAGCAUGGCGACAUCGACAAACGGGUGGAGGUGAAGCCAUACGUGCUGGAUGACCAGCUGUGCGACGAAUGCCAGGGGGCACGUUGUGGCGGAAAGUUCGCCCCGUUCUUUUGCGCCAAUGUCACCUGCCUGCAGUAUUACUGUGAGUUCUGCUGGGCAAACAUCCACUCCCGCGCCGGCCGCGAGUUCCACAAGCCGCUGGUCAAAGAGGGAGCCGACCGCCCCCGCCAAAUCCACUUCCGCUGGAACUGAAGACGGGGACUCCGGGAGUGCCGGGAGCGGCAGCAUGCAAGACGACGCAGAAACAACACGUUUGCUGCGGGAAGAAAAAGAUGCUUAGUUUGGCCCCUGAACCCAAGCUGUCAGUAUAGAGUACAUAACCAUAUACAGUAUAUAGAGAAUAUAUAUGACUAUAAAUAUAUAAAUAUAUCUUUAUCUUUUGUAGCAGCCAGAAACACUACAAGCCUCAGUUUAUUUCACCAAACCACUUCUUUCUCCUCCCUCCCUGUGCAUCUCAGGCUCGGAACAGAGUUUUUGUGGUACGUUCAUGUUUUUUAAAAAGGAGAUUAAGAAAAAAAAAGAGAUUGAUUUUUUGUAGUUUUUUCAAAUUAUUUUUAUAUGUGAGAUUUAAAAAGUAGAAACGAGAAUGUUUUCGCUUGGGGGGGCAGCCUGUCCGUUCUGUUCAUUCGUUCUGUCCGUCGUGUGUCCGUCUGCUGCUAAAUCCCCCCCCUAGUGGGCAAAGUGCGCAAUUGUCUCUGGAAAACCCUUGAUGACGUAAUCUCUGAUGCCUGCCCUGGAUCUCGAACCAAAGGUAGCAAAACGCGCGGCCUGAAAACGAGACGUUCGCCGCGGAAUAUACAAAAAAAA